AUGAAACCGAUUCUAUCGGAGAAAGAGUUUGUUGAGCUCAAAGAGCAAUCGGAAGAAUUCAAGAAGACUGUGGCGCCAGGAUUGCAGAACAAGCUUUGGAUGAAGUGGGCAGUCUCCAAGAACUACGUAAGCAACCCGCUCGUUUUGAAUCUUGUUGCAAGCUUAUAUUUUAGCUAUCGGACUGGUGGAAGGAAGUCGUCUACAUGCGUUACCGUGAUUCGCUGAUAAGAACGAACGUCGGAUGCGCCGACGUCAUCUACCAGAAGACCACGAGCAUCCAGGCCGCCCGUGCCGCCUACGUCACUCUUAACCGCCAACAUUUUUGCAACGACAUCUUCAAAUCGGAGAAGAUGAAGCCAGUCAGUCUCGGAGGAAUUCCUUUGUGCGCACAACAGUACGCCGAGUAUCACAGAACCCUUCGAGUUCCACACGAGACCAGCGACCAGACAAUCAAACUGCCGGAUGCCAGACACAUUGCAGUCUACCACAAGGGAUGCUGGUACAUUAUCGACAUUUUCCAAGGAAAGAAAAUGAUCAAGGCCGCCGAGUUGGAGAAGAGUUUCCAGCAGAUUCUCGACGCCGAGAAACACGUGCCACAGAAUGGAGAAAAGUACCUUUCGGCCCUCACGAUUGGACCGAGAGACUUGUGGGCGAGAAUCAGGAGGGAAAAGUUCGCGGAGGGAGUGAACAAAGAGUCGCUGAGUCUCAUCGAAAACGCCCUGGAGAUUGUGUUCCUGGACGAGGAGGAGAGACAUUUCGAUGAGAACGAUUCGUCCAAGUACGGAAGGGAAUACGCGAGAGCGCUCACCGGGACGGAUACAUGUUGUGGUGCGACAAGCCGAGUGUCUACAUUUUCAGCAAGAACGGAAGAGUGAGUCGAAAUUUGUUCUGUUUGAGCCGACAAUAUUCGAUUCGGACAACUUCCAGUUCUCCUCCAACGCGGAACACUCUCCAUGCGACGCAAUGAUCUACGUGCAAGUCCGUGAAUACAUCAAGUACCACGAGCAGUUCGAAUCGCCCUACGGUCCCGACGGUCAUUGCGUUGGCUCGAUCGAGCAUGUCCCACAGCCGACUCGUCUCUGCUGGGAUCUGGAUCAGGAGACUCUCGCCGCCAUUGACGAGGCCUACAAAGUGUCGAAGGGAGUGUCGGACGACUUCAGCAAUGCGAAUGUGGUUUACACGGAGUACGGAAAAGACUUCAUGAAGAAAGCGAAGGUCUCUCCGGAUGCGUACAUUCAGAUGGCACUUCAGAUGGCGUACUUCAAAGAUCAGGGAAAGUUCGAGCAGACAUACGAGCCGGCAGUCAUGCGAUUGUUCAAAGGGGGAAGGACGGAGACUGUCCGAUCAUGCAGCAUCAAGUCGUGUGACUUUGUGAGGACCAUGUCGAGAAAGGAAGUGGACAGCAAGACGAAGCUGGAAAAGUUGAAGGAGGCGUGCGAUCACCAUCAGGACUACUACAGAACUGCCAUGGCGGGAAAGUGAGUUGCAGGCAGUUGUCGAUUUAAUUUCAAUUUUCAACUUCAAGAGGAGUCGACCGUCAUCUGUUCGCUCUUUACGUGGUCGCCCGUUAUCUGGAGAUCAAGACGCCGUUUCUCGACAACGUCUUCCGCCGUAACUGGUCCCUUUCGACCAGCCAGACACCCCAACACCAGAUGGUCGAGUACGCGAAAGCGCUGAACAAAGAACCGUCGCUUUUCUGGCCGGCCGGAGGAUUCGCAUGCCCUGAUGGAUCCAACUACGGAGUCUGCUACACGAUCGGAUCUACAGGAGACCGAAUGAGUUUCCAUGUGACUACGUGGCAUUCUCUGGAGAACACAAGUGCCGACCGGUUCCUGGCUCAUUUGGUGGACAGUUUGAGAGAAAUUAGAGAGGUUGUGGAGGAGGCGACAAAAAAGACUAACUGA